AGGUGGGCGGGAAGAUGAGGAAGCCAAAGCAGCGGCGGAGGCGGCGACGAAGGCCGCCUCAGCCGUUGUUGUUCCUCCUCUGAGAAGGGCGUGUGUCCGUCUGUGUGUGAAGGCCCGUUCGCCCUGACGUCGCGCCUCGGUUUUAGCGUCAUGGACCCCACCGGGCCGCGGGGACCGCCUGGCGGGGUCGGGGCGCCGGCUCCUGCGCCGCCACCUCAGCCCCGGGAGUACAAGCUGGUGAUGCUGGGCGCCGGCGGCGUCGGCAAGAGCGCUAUGACCAUGCAGUUCAUUAGUCAUCGUUUUCCAGAAGACCAUGACCCCACCAUCGAGGAUGCUUAUAAAAUGCGGAUACGGAUUGAUGAUGAACCUGCUAAUCUGGAUAUCUUGGACACAGCAGGCCAGGCAGAAUUUACUGCCAUGCGAGACCAGUACAUGAGGGCAGGUGAAGGCUUUAUUAUCUGCUACUCAAUCACGGACCGCCGAAGCUUCCAUGAAGUGCGUGAGUUCAAACAGCUCAUCUACCGUGUUCGGCGGACCGAUGAGACUCCAGUAGUUCUUGUGGGGAACAAGUCUGAUCUAACCCAACUUAGGCAGGUCUCCAAGGAAGAAGGCUCGGCCUUGGCGCGAGAGUUCGGCUGCCCUUUCUUUGAAACCUCAGCUGCUUUUCGCUACUAUAUCGAUGAUGUGUUUCAUACACUUGUCCGUGAAAUCCGGAGGAAGGAGAAAGAAGCUGUCAUGGCUUUGGGGAAGAAAUCUAGGCCUCGAGCAAGCGUAUGGAAAAGACUGAAAUCCCCUUUCCGGAAGAAGAAGAAUUCUGUGACAUGAACAGAUAAUGUCCUUCAGCCAGAGAACUGCACGGAGCGCCAGAGAACCAAAGCAGCGCAGCAGCCUUUGAGCCUUGUGCUUGUUUCUGCUGACUGCGUUAAUUGAAAUACUGUGGUGUGUUUAAAAAUUUGGAAUGCCAUUCCUCGGUGGAACAAUUCUACCCUGGUGUUGAGAGUUGUCGCACUACAAUGUGUUCUUCAAAUUUCUUUUAAUGUGUUUCUUCCUUAGAGGACUUGGCAAAAAGUCACUGAUCCAGAUGGCUAUAAAUCAGCUUUGCAAAGAAGUAUGAAAUACGUAACCAACUUGCCUGCUCACCCGUACUUCAGUGCCGCUCAGGGUAGCUCGAGAAGUUGGUCUGACAUUUGUCGCUGUUGCCAAUCCCUUAUGGCUUUGGGCGUUGGUGUCUCUACUGCAUUUCAGAGGGUUAUAAAUUGGUUUUCAAUUGUGGGGAGAAUGCUAUGAAAUAGAGAACCAGUCAAAUCUUUAUUAUGUGUUUUUCCACUAAGUUGUUGGAUUCUUCUUGGGGCGGGAGCAGGCAGCAAAAUGUUGUAAGCAAAAUCACUGAAAUCUUCAGAACACAGCUGAACGCAGAUAGCCAUGCAUAUUUGUGUGGCCUAUUACACAAGCUCCUUAAUGUGUGUUGUUUCUACUGUUAUUGUAAUAAUACACUCGAGAGGUAUGAGAGUUACUCUGUUUCACAUCUUUCUAAUGCUAUACUCAUUUAUUUUCUACAGAAAAUGUUAUUGGUCCCCGUCCCCCCUCAUGAAUAUGUGUGGCGAGGGGAAGGCACUAGAUUGUGAAGGAUUAACCGCAUGUAGUUUGCACCACUUUUCUGGGUCUACGACCCUGGUUCUGUAAUAUAUAGAAAAGUGCAGGGAGGGGCUGUCUGUUUGGAAGUUCCCCUGCCUCCUUUUGAGGAUGGCCAGUGAAACAUAUAAAGGGAUUAAAGGGAGGUGGUUGAACUGGGCAUAGUGGUAGAACUAGGAAGUUGGAGAGUGGUGGGGUCAUGUGGCACCCGCUGAAAUGUGGUCAGUGAGGAAUCUCAGUUGGAAACUGAUCCUAGGCAAGGGGAGGGCGCGUAGCUUCGUGGUGGAGCAUGUAUUUUGAAUGUGGCAAACCCAGGGUCUAAUCGCUGGAAUUCCCAGCUUGCAGAGAGGUUUGGGCAGCCAGGCUGGCAAUGACCCUCUGGCUUGAGAGCUGUUGCUACAGAGUAGGCAAUGUUGGGCUAGGAAGAUGAACAGUCGUGAGUCAGCACAAGGCAGCUAUAUAUGCUUGUACGACGGCCCUUGGUUUUAAAGUGUCUGGGUCCACGGAUAAGGUCUCACAUUGACUUCCCAGUGGGCAAGCACUGUGGGCGAUGCACACUUGCAUUGGUGCCAGUAGUUAAGAAAAGCUUUUGUACUGUGACGUUUUUGUGGUGCAGGAGAACGCUUGCGAGGAGAAACAAGAAGUCCUCUUCAGGACUCGGUCCUAUACUUGAAAUGUAGCAAAUAACAUUAUAAGGAACCAUGCCAUUUCUCUCAGCUUUACUGCACUUUCCUGAUGCAAGAGGCGCCUGUUUUUGGGAGGGUUAAAAUAAUCCAACUUUGACUCCUACAUAUAGCUCAGAAAUUCCAAGCCUGGUUUUUAAAAUACGUCCCUUUGUUGUCAACAAUAAGCAAGUUCAUCUUGAAUUAAUUUCUUUGACAGCCAAGUGCUUUCUGGCCUUCAAAAAGCCGUCUGCUGUACAGAGUAGUUGCUCUUGGCAGGUGUCAAGCCUGAAUCCCUUCUUCCUGGGUGUCGGUCAUGUGUGAUAACUUUUGCAAAACAAACAUGUGUGGUUUAAAGAGGAAUAAAAGGGUAAGGUGAAGCUAGCCAGCUGGAUACAUCAAACCCUUCUUCAAAUCUCCUGCCAAGCUUCUCUGCUUGCUGUCCCAUUUAUAGAGCAACAGGUAUAAUAGUUAAACAUCUUAUUACUUCAUAGGAAAUUAAACAAGCAAUAAUAGAACAUUUCUUGGUUUUUUCUAGCUUAAUAUUUUUUAUUGCUUCUCAAUUACCAAAUUGUACCACUUAUAGUAUUUUUUUACAAUGAAUAUCUUAGCAUUACAAACUCUACUGAACAUGGGGGCGGGGAGUCACACAUUCCAUUCAGCAAGGAAGAUUUCGAAUGUAUUUUACUGACUGUAGCAAUAUAUGGUGUAUUUAUAUUAGUAAAUUAACUUAAUGAACAAUGCUGGAUACUUUCUAUAGCUACUAAUCUAGGAGCAGUUUAAAUCUAUAAAUUAAUACAGUUUGUUUAGUAUUGGAUUAGAUACUGUUGGAAUCUGUUGGAUAAAUCACACACAUACACACACACACACACACACACACACACACAGUUUGUUUAGCCUUCCCCAACCAUUUUGGACUUCAACUCCCAUCAGCCAUGACCAGAUUGGAGAAGGCAGGGUUAGUUCAAGAGUUGGUGAAGAAGAGAAGACACACAAUUUCAAACCUAUUUGCUUUAAUGUUCAAUUUCUCUUGUGUUCAAGUCAAAAUUACUUGAAGCACAGAAGUGAUGCUAUAAUAGAUUCUAAACCCGCAGCUUACUGCAUGAAGCAGAACUGAAAACCAACCAAGCUAAAAACUUGCCUUUUGGGGAAGCGGUGGGGAGGCAAAUGUUUGUGCCUUAAAUUAAUGUUUUAGCAGAAUUCAGUGUUGUCUGGUGCUAAUUGUGAACCCCUCUUUCCCUGUCACAAUUACAUCUGAAUAAUAAGCACUUUCCUUUGGACACAGUUCAUGAUUUUUAUGUUUCACCUAUACAUUUGUACACAACAGGUGCAGAUUGUAUUUGUCAUAAUAAAUAAUUGAUAUUUACACGU